AGAAGAGACGGGGCGGGCGCUGGAGACUGCGGAGGCGCGGGCGUCUGCUUGGCCCUUUAUAGCGCGCCCCGCACUAGCUCCCCCAGACUCGGGCUCCCCACACUCCUUCAAGCUCCCUCCGGCCGCCCCAGGGCGCCUGCAGCCAAACCACUCCAGCCUCCGAAAUCGCGGAAUCCUCCUGACCUGGCCGCCAGCUCAGGGACAUGACGACCCCUACCGGCCCUCCGGUGCCCUGCCCCGAGACUGCUGUCGCACGGACGCUUCUCCUCGGCUGGGUCCUUGUCCAAGUGGCUGGAGCCUCAGGCACUACAGGUGUCGUGGUAGCAUAUAAUUUAACUUGGAAAUCAAUUAAUUUCAAGACAAUUUUGGAGUGGGAACCCAAACCCAUCAAUCAUGUCUACACUGUUCAGAUAAGCCACAGAUUAGGAAAUUGGAAAAGCAAAUGCUUUUCCAUAACAGACACGGAGUGUGAUGUCACCGAUGAGAUCGUGAAAGACGUGAAGCAGACCUACUCGGCGCGGGUCCUUUCCAAGCUGGCCAAUGCCACCAGUUCUGCUGGGGAGCCCGUGUUUACAAACUCCCGCGAGUUCACCCCUUACUUAGAGACAAACCUUGGACAGCCAACAAUUAAGAGUUUUGAACACAUUGGGACAAAACUGAAUGUUACCGUCCAGGAUGCGCGUACGUUGGUCAGAAUCAAUGGCACAUUCCUAAGCCUCCAGGAUGUUUUUGGCAAUGACUUAAGUUACACACUUUAUUAUUGGAAAGCUUCAAGUACAGGAAAGAAAACAGCCAAGUCAAACACAAAUGAGUUUCUGAUUGAUGUGGAUGAAGGAGAAAACUACUGUUUCAAUGUUCAAGCAGUGAUCCCAUCACGAAGAAUGAACCAGAAGAGUCCAGAGAGUCCCAUUGAGUGCACUAGCCACAAGAAAGGAGUAUUCAGAGACUUGUUCUUCAUCAUCGGAGCAGUGGUGUUCGUGGUCAUCAUCAUCGUCCUGUCUGUGUCUCUGUACGUGUGCAGGAAGCGCAGAACAAGGCGGAGCGGAAAGGAGAACACCCCCCUCAAUAUUUCAUAAAGCACAUGCCGUGGGAGCUGCCGACUGCUACCAAGUUUAUAUUGCACUGUGACGAGGAACUUUUAAGAGAAUGGAAUAUAUGGAAACACAAAUGAGUAUUUUGGAGCACGGAAACCCUUGGGCUCAAAGAAAGUUCUUUGUCUGACCUGUUCUCAUGAUUAGCACUGUGGUUUCGACAUCAGUGUUUGUCACUGUGGAAUGUAAUGAAUGGUACGACCAAUUCCAAGUUUUUUAAAUUUCUUUUUUAACACUAUGGCACCUUUUGCACAUAUCAUGCUUUAGACGGUAUGUCCUACACUCAAGAUGAAACUAAGUCAUCUAAGAAAAAAAAAACAUUAACAAAUGCCUUAAAAAACGCUGGGUGGACUUGGAGACUUUUCAAGAGGCUGACUUCAAAUCAUGUGGGAGAAUGAAAUGGAAAUUGGGUGGACUUUUCUAACAUAUGUCUGUCCUUUUGUAAUACGGUGUUUAGGUUCUUCUUCUUUUUUUUUUUAAGAGUUCUUUUGGAGGUUUAAAACAAUUGGCAAAUUUUCAUAUGAAUGUGUUAAAUGCAGAAGACUUCUAUUUUGGGCAUGUUCCUAACAUGCAUCACUGUUUAGCACUUUAACUGACUUAAAUGCUGUUGAUUAAACACUUGACAGCUAACUAUAUUUUUAUAAGACUACUAUACAAACAAACUACAUAGAGUUUAUGACUUAAGGUACUUCAAGCUUAUAUGGUCAACAUUGUAUAUAUUUAUAUAAUUUUUUAAAAGGUUUUAUAUGGGAUUUUCUAUUUAUAGAGGUAAUAUUAUUCUGUUUGUAUAUAUUGAGAUAAUUUAUUUAAUAUGCUUUUAUAUAAAUAAAGGUGAUUGGGAGUUGUGA